AUGGACGCAGUAGAAGGUAUAGAGAAACCUAUCAACCCCAAACCAACCACCAAGCCGCGAAAGAGGUUCGUGGGAAGUUCCAAAGCCGGUAGUUCAUCUUCGUCGGGUAGAACACCAAUACGAAGAGUUGCGAAUCAGAUCCCGGAUGAUAUACUGAAUGAUCCCCAGCUGAAUGCUGCUAUAGCAGGAUUACCGGGAAAUUAUAACUUUGAGAUACACAAGACUAUCCAUCAUAUCCGACGAGAUGGUGUGAAAUCUGUUGCAUUGCAGAUGCCAGAGGGUUUGAUGAUGUAUGGAUGUGCGAUUGCGGAUAUUAUCGAGAUAUUUACUGGUGCUUUACCCAUGUUAUUGGCUGAUGUGACUUACGGGGCAUGUUGUAUAGACGAUUAUACAGCUAAAGAGAUGGGUGCAGAGAUGAUAGUACAUUAUGGACAUUCAUGUUUGAUUCCUGUAUCCCAAACAACUCUAAAAACGCUAUACGUGUUCGUUGAAAUAUCCAUCGAUACCAAACAUCUAUCCCUAUCUGUUCGACGUAAUUUCCCUUCUUCCCGAGAAGCCUUCCACCGCUUGGUCUUGGGUGCAGGUGCAGCACAGCCAGGAUCGAAAGUCCCUAUUCAACUGGAAGAAUCAGACCAAGUCGCCCAGAGCAAAUCCUCAACAGCUACAGAAAUACCAAACGCUCCCGAGAAGGAACAGACAGAAGAACAACCACUACCGACGAGAUUAGCUUUAGUCUCUACUAUCCAAUUCAUAGCUUCCAUCCAAUCCCUUCGAGAUGAUUUGGAAAAGUCCAUGUCACCGUUACAAGAACAGCAGCAAGAUGCAGUAACAGAGAAUGAAAAGCAGGAUGGGCCGUUAAGUAAAGUCGAAAAAGGUGAAAUAGGAGUAUGGAGAGGGAAAUAUGAUAUAACUAUACCACAGGUCAAACCUUUAUCACCUGGUGAGAUACUAGGUUGUACAGCUCCGAAACUGGGUGAGGUGGAUGGGUUGAUAUACGUAGGAGACGGUCGAUUCCACCUCGAAUCCAUAAUGAUAGCGAACCCAUCCGUACCUGCGUUCAGGUACGAUCCAUACUCCAAGAAAUUCACCAGGGAGACAUACGAGCAUACUGAGAUGCGUGGAAUAAGAGGCGACGCCGUGAAAGAAGCUAGGAAAGGGUUGGUCGAGAAAGGAAGUGGGAGUUGGGCAGUGUUGUUAGGUACAUUAGGUAGACAGGGAAGUCUGAGCGUUUUGAAGUCAAUAACUUCAACUCUCCCUGCCAACUCUAUACCUCCCUUAUUAAUCCUUUUAUCUGAACUAUCACCUUUGAAAUUAUCAUUAUUUUCUCAAGAGGAAAUAUCAACCUUUAUCCAAACGUCUUGUCCUAGAUUAUCGAUCGAUUGGGGUUACGCAUUCUCCAGGCCUCUCUUAAGUCCUUACGAGGCUAGUGUAGCCUCUGGUAGAAUCAAGGGAUGGGCUGGUCUUUCACUCACAAAUACGAAUGAAGAGAAGGGAGAAGGGGAUUAUCCAAUGGAUUUCUAUGCCGAUGCGAGUUUGGGACCUUGGACACCUAGACAUAAAGUCAAGGCUUGA